AUGUCGGCGUUGCUCAAUCGAUUGCUUGCCGCUUCACGUGCCGGAGAGAAAAUUGUUGCAGAAUAUGAUGAGGAAGCGGACGAUCGUGAUCGAUUCAAGUACGACAAGUUCUACAACACGGUGGUGAUGUUCGGCACACCAACGGUGCUGGGCAUCCUCUUCUACAUGGCAUACCUCGGACACACCAUGGAGCGUCAUUUCGACCAGGACAAAUACAUCCCGUACCCAUAUUUAGCCGUUCGCAACGUG